AUGGGGGGCGACGCGGAGGCGAACGAGCCAGCCGGGGGACAGCGGCCGACGGUAUCGAUCGCGGUGCCGGGGUCGAUCAUCGACAACACGCAGUCGCUCGAACGCGCCACCGCCGUAGCGGGGCAGAUCGCGCGCGCCGCCGUCAUUUUCAAGGUGCACGAGAUUGUCGUGUACGACGACUGGGACGCGGAGGGCGACUCGAGCGCGCCGCGCGGGUGGCGCGGGGAGCGCUUCUCGGGGUCCGCGGGAUCCUUCCUUGCGCGCGUGCUACAGUACCUCGACACCCCGCAGUACCUCCGCCGCGCGCUCAUCCCGCUCACGCCCGACCUGCGCCUGGCGGGGCUGCUGCCGCCGCUGGACGCGCCGCACCACGCGCGCAUGCACGAGUGGCCGGAGUUCCGCGAGGGCGUCGUGGUGGCGGACGGGGAGGGGGAAGGGGGAGAAGCGCGCGCAGGGGGGAGCUGCGCCGUGGACGUGGGGCUGCAGCAGAGGGUGCGUGUGCGAGGAAGCUUCUCGGAAGGCACGCGGCUGACAGUGGCCAUGGGGCCUGUGGCUGAGCGAGAGAAGGUGUUUCAGCCAGGAGUGCUGCUGACGCCCGUGGCCCCGCAUGUGCCGUGGGGGGAGAGGGGGCAGUACUGGGGGUACACUGUGCGCCUUGCCAGGGGCGUCUCUGGUGCCCUCUCCGCCUGCCCCUUCUCCCCCGCGCCUGCCUCCGCGGAGGGGGGAGCAGGGGGCGCGGGGCACGGGGGAAAAGGGGCGGGGGAGGGGCGCAGCUCUGAUGCUGCUGCGGUGGGGGGGAGUGGGGGUGGGGGGGAGGGGGAAGGGGCGGAAGGAGGGGAGGGAAGGGAGGGCGGGGGAGAUGGAGGGGAGGAGGGUGAGGAGGGGCGGGGGAAGAAGAGGAGGCGGCGAGGGGGGAGGAAGAGAGGGGCGAAGCGAGGGUUGUAUGGGGAGGGGGGUGGGGGUGAGGGUGGGCAGGGAGGAGGGGGAGAAGCGGGAGCAGAAGGGGGAGGAGCAGGGGGAGGAGCAGGGGGGGGAGGCGCGUACGAUCUGAUCGUAGGGACAUCGGAGCACGGGGAUGUGAAGGAGAUCGGCCAAUUCAAACUGCCACCCUUCCGGUAUACCCCCCCUCUUUCCCCUCCUCACUGCUCCUCACGUCUCAAAACUCGCUUCCUCUGCUCCUCUGUGCCAGUCCUCCAUGUCCUCUCCUCUCCCUCCUUCCCGCCGCACCCUCCCUCCCCUGCUGGCAGGCACUUGCUGGUGGUGUUUGGGGGCGUGGCGGGGUUGGAGGAGGCGUGUGAGGGCGACGAGGGGCUGGCUGCGGACGGCAGGGACCCCAGGCAGCUGUGCCAGCUGUACCUCAACACGUGCCCCGCCCAGGGCUCGCGCACCAUCCGCACUGAGGUGCGCUCUUGA